GUGUACUGUAAAUAUCGUUCAUCAUGCGUGUUACCAUAGAUCUCCCAUAGAAUAUCGAACGGGGAGCCGGAGAUAGAAGAAUUCAUAAGAAUCCACCACCUCGAUAUCUCCUCCGUGAGUUCACCCCGGAAAAGAAAAAAAGAAAAAAACCUCACGAUGUCCUCACCCUCCGACCCUCGAACGCAAACCUUCUUCAUCCACGGCCUCCCUCCCAACGGCCCCAACGCCACGGCCCCCCUAAUCCCGAUAUCCAUGCCGGCCAUCGACGCGCAGCGCAUCCGGCUAGCCAACACCUCGAUAAACUACGGCGUGCAGCUCGGGCUGUGCCUCUUCUCUCUGCUGACCACGCUGCUCCUGCUCCCCACCCGCAAGCUGCGGCGCCCGAUCCACCUGACGCAGCUCGCCUGCCUCGCCGUCGCCAUAACCCGGCUCGCGCUCCUGGUCUUGUAUUUUCCCGGCCCCUUGACCGAGUACUACGUCGCCUGGACGCAGGACGCGUCGAUCUUGCGGGCGGACGAGUACAACCUGACCACGGCGUCGAGCGCCCUGAGCGCGGUCCAGGUUGCGCUGGUCGAGGCGGCGCUGGCCUUGCAGAGCAGGGUUCUGGUGCAGACUUGGGGGUCGCGCUGCCGCCGUCCCAACUCUCCUCUUACCACCGCCACUGCCACUCUUACGACAGGAAAGGGGAGCAAGAUGGCGGGAAGCCGAGGAGGACAAAUAGGGAAAUGCUGGUGGCGUCCCUUAGUCCUCAUCUUCGCCGUGGUCCUCGCCAUCGCCGCCGUAGCCGUGCGCGCCGUCUGGGUGGUGCGGCACACGCAAGCGCUCAAGGGGCACGUCUUGCCGCUCCCCGUCGACAGCGUGGGCGCGGCGGCCGUCGUGCUGGCCGCCGUCUCGGUCUUCUACUUCUGCGGCGUGUUCUUCGCGCACCUGGCCCUGCAUCUCGCGGCCACGCGGCGUAUACUUCGGGGAAGAGGAGGAGGAGGAGGAGGAGCCGGCGGGGGGAGGAAGUUUUCGAUUACGUUGACUUUGAGGGAGGGAAGUGGGAGUGGUAGGAGUAGGGGGUUGACGUCGUUGGAGAUAUUGGCGGUUGGGAAUGGGGUUCUUAUGUUGGCGCCUUGUCUUUUUGCAGGCCUCGACAUCGCGGCCGGGCCCUUGAACACGCACGUCCUUCCCUUCGACGCCGGAUCAUGGGUGGGUACGAUCACAGCCGCCGGGCUACCGCUCAUUAGUGUGGCGGCUUUCUACCGGGGCUCCGACUCGGAGAACUCGCGGAUGAGACGGUCUCAGCCAGAAAGAUGGUCUCACCGAGGAGGGAGAGAAAGUCGUUACCGCGCCUCGUCUUUCCUCGCCUCUAACGAUUCUACGCUCCCUUUUCCCCCUUCUUCCCAUAGCCACUUUCGAAACUCUUCUAAAGCAGACGAAGAUACGACUACCGUGAAUAACAAUAGUCGAUAUUGGCGUUCGAAGUCCCCCGCUGACGAUGAUGUCGAAGACCUUGAGAUGGGAAACAGGAGGGUGGAAAUUGAGGACGAUGAAGAAAAUGAGAUGAUUCGUGUUCAAGGGGAUUACCAGGUCACUAUAGAAAGUGAGAGGAGUUCAAGGGGAGAAUAAAGUUCUGGCUGUAAUAUGUAUUAGAUGUCCGAGCGAAUUGAUUAGAACAUGAUACCUAAUAGACAUCCGAGAUUUCCUUUGCUCAUGAUACCUACCUAGCUUAACGCGUGAUGAAAAAUGGGACCUUACUUUCUAUACCAAUCAGUCCAUGACAUACUAGGGGUCUACUCACCUCAGCUAGACACAUGAGACUCUUACCAAUA